AUGUCACAAAAAGCAGUAAGAGAAACGAUAGUCAGCAGAAAAAAGUAUGCAGAAAAAGCUCGAAAAGAUAUUAUUGGCCAUGAGAUGCUGAGAACUGAAGAGUGCGGACAUAUUGAAGUGGAAUCUGAUGAAAAGACGUAUGAUAUUACACAGGAUCAGUUACUCAACCAUGUAAGCAUUAAAGCAUGUGAGCAGGCAUUUGAGCUCAAGCUUGAAGAGGCACCAAUAUAUGCUAAGUAUUCCCUAAAUGGAACAUACAUGCUGCUUAGGAAUGACAAAGGGUAUCUUGCAUCGUUUAAUUCGAGGUCUAUGGACAUGCAUUUUGAGAUUGACUUGAAUGAGGAUGUUCAUGAUGCUUUGUAUCUUCACAAUGAACGGUUCAUUGCAGUUGCACAGAAGAAUAAUGUUUUUAUUUAUGAUGGCCACGGUGUUGAAGUGCAUUGCAUAAGGGAUAAUAGCGGGGUUUACAAGAUGGACUAUUUGCCAUACCAUUACUUGCUGGCCACAGUAUCUCGUAGGAAUUUGUUAAGAUACCAAGAUGUAUCUACUGGAAAGAUGGUUAGUGAGAUACGAAUGAAAGACUGGGACAUUGCGUCCAUGAAGCACAAUAUUUCCAAUGGAAUUAUACAUAUGGGAAAUGCAAAGGGAGUGGUGAGCCUAUGGUCACCUAACAGCAAAGAGUACUUAAUGAAGAUGUUGUGCCAUAAAAGUACGGUUUCCAGUAUAGAAAUAGAUAGAACUGGUAAGUACAUGAUCAGCAGUGGCCUGGAUGGAAAAGUGAAUGUAUGGGACUUGAGAAACACCUACACACAGCUCAACAGCCUGAACUCCAGAUCUCAUGGAAUAGUGACAUCCUUGAGUCAAAAAAACAUGCUCGCUAUGUCUUAUGGUAACAAGGUGUAUGUCUGGAAGGAUUUUAUUGAAUCCAAGGGAAGUGAUGUUCUGUAUAUGAAGCAUAAGAUGAGCAAGGAUGUGUAUAGCCUGGGGUUUUGUAAUUAUGAAGAUAUUCUAUCGAUAGGGCACAGCACAGGUGUUUCGAGCAUAAUUAUUCCAGGAAGUGGAGAUCCGGUAUACGAUUCAUAUGAAGAUUCGCCCUUCAUUUCGAAGAAAGCAAAAUCAGAGAAGGAGGUUAGAAUGCUUAUCGACAAGAUUCCAUAUGAGCUAAUAUCAAUUGAAUCAAAUGUUGGGCGCAUAUACAAAACACAGAAUGCCGAAAUGCCUAAUAAUGCUUCAAAAAGGUACUUUGAUGGACUGCAAUCCAAGAGUGUCAAAAAAAACGCACUAAGUAGGUUUUACAAAGAUAAGGCAUCAGCUUAG